AUGGCUCGGCCCUACGUCGUGAAGAAGGACGACGAUCAUGACGAUGAAGCGGAGUACUCUCCAUUUCUAGGUUUAGAGAAGGGCACAGUUCUCCAGGAGGCCAGAGUUUUCAAUGACCCCCAACUUGAUGCCAGGAGAUGCGCUCAGGUUAUAACAAAACUCCUAUAUUUGCUUAAUCAAGGGGAAGCUUUUACAAAGGUGGAGGCCACAGAAGUUUUCUUUGCUGUAACAAAAUUAUUCCAGUCCAAGGAUACAACACUAAGGAGAAUGGUUUAUUUGAUAAUUAAAGAGCUUUCACCCUCCGCUGACGAGGUCAUUAUCGUCACAAGUUCUUUGAUGAAAGAUAUGAAUAGUAAGAUUGACAUGUAUAGGGCCAAUGCAAUUCGUGUUCUUAGUAAAAUUACUGAUGGUACUCUUCUUAUGCAAAUUGAAAGAUAUUUGAAGCAAGCAAUUGUUGACAAAAACCCUGUUGUUGCCAGCGCUGCACUUGUCAGUGGCAUUCACUUACUGCAGACAAAUCCAGAAAUAGUUAAAAGAUGGAGCAAUGAGGUACAAGAAGGUGUUCAGUCCAGGGCUGCUCUUGUUCAAUUUCAUGCACUUGCUCUUCUUCACCAGAUAAGACAAAAUGACCGCUUGGCUGUAAGCAAGCUUGUUACUAGCUUGACAAGAGGAUCAGUUCGAUCACCUUUAGCCCAGUGCCUUCUAAUAAGAUACACAAGCCAGGUAAUUCAUGAGUCAAGCAUGAACUCACAAACAGGAGAGCGUCCGUUUUUUGAUUACCUUGAAUCCUGUCUGCGACAUAAAGCAGAAUUGGUCAUCUUUGAAGCUGCAAGAGCAAUUACAGAGCUGAGUAGCGUGACCAGUCGAGAGUUGUCACCUGCAAUCACUGUUCUACAGUUAUUUCUUAGUUCAUCCAAGCCAAUUCUUCGUUUUGCAGCUGUUCGAACUUUAAAUAAGGUUGCUAUGACACAUCCUUUGUCAGUUACAAGUUGCAAUAUUGAUAUGGAAAGCUUAAUCUCAGACCAAAACAGGAGCAUUGCUACUCUUGCUAUUACUACACUACUUAAAACAGGCAACGAAUCAAGUGUGGAUCGCUUGAUGAAACAAAUAACCAAUUUUAUGUCAGAUAUUGCUGACGAGUUCAAGAUUGUUGUUGUGGAAGCUAUACGAUCCUUGUGCUUGAAGUUCCCUCUCAAGUACCGGUCAUUGAUGAAUUUCUUAAGCAACAUUCUUAGAGAAGAAGGGGGCUUCGAAUACAAGAAAGCAAUUGUUGAUUCAAUUGUCAUCCUUAUAAGAGAUAUACCAGAUGCUAAAGAAAGUGGUUUAUUUCACCUCUGUGAAUUUAUAGAGGAUUGUGAAUUCACCUAUCUUUCUACUCAGAUACUUCACUUCAUUGGAAAUGAAGGGCCAAAGACUUCAGACCCCAGUAAAUAUAUUCGAUAUAUCUACAAUCGCGUUAUACUAGAAAAUGCAACAGUUCGAGCUAGUGCUGUAAGUACCUUGGCAAAGUUUGGAGCCAUGGUCGAUUCCUUGAAGCCUCGUAUACUUGUCCUGCUCAGACGCUGCCAGUUUGAUAUUGAUGAUGAGGUUCGGGACCGUGCAACACUUUAUCUAGAUACUCUUGGAGGUGAUGCUUCAGUUGGUGAAACUGAAAAAUAUGUAAAAGACUUUCUUUUCGGUUCAUUAGAUGUGCCACUUGUCAACUUGGAGAAAAGCUUGCGAAGCUAUGAGGCUUCAGACAUGCCUUUUGACAUUUAUUCUGUACCAAAGGAAAUUAAGUCACAGCCUCUUGCCGAGAAAAAGGCUCCUGGUAGAAAGCCUACUGGUUUAGGAGGUCCUCCUUGUGCACCUGUUUCAGCUGUUGAUGCAUAUGAAAAGUUGCUUUCAUUGAUUCCUGAAUUUUCCAGCUUUGGAAAACUCUUUAAGUCAUCUACACCUGUGGAGUUGUCAGAAGCUGAAACCGAAUAUGCAGUUAAUGUAGUUAAGCACAUCUAUGAUGGGCACGUUGUAUUUCAGUACAACUGCACAAAUACCAUACCAGAACAGCUUCUUGAAAAUGUUACUGUUUUUGUUGAUGCUUCUGAAGCUGAGGAUUUUUCUGAGGUUGCAUCAAAGCCUUUGAGAUCCUUACCUUAUGAUUCACCAGGACAGACUUUUGUGGCUUUUGAAAAGCCAUAUGGUCUUCCCGCUACUGGAAGAUUUUCAAACUUGUUGAAGUUCUUUGUUAAAGAGGUUGAUCCAGCCACAGUGGAGGCAGAAGAAGAAGGGGUUGAAGAUGAAUACCAGCUAGAAGAUCUUGAAAUUGUCCCAGUUGAUUACAUGCUGAAGGUUGGAGUCUCCAAUUUCAAAAAUGCUUGGGAAAGUAUGGCCCCAGACAAUGAGAGGGUCGAUGAGUAUGGGCUUGGUGCUAGGGAGAGCUUGGCAGAAGCUGUGUGUUCUGUCAUAAACAUUCUAGGCAUGCAGCCUUGUGAGGGUACUGAGGUGGUGCCGAGCAAUUCGAGGUCACAUGCUUGCUUGUUGUCGGGAAUAUUCAUCGGUAAUGUGAAGGUGCUAGUCAGAUUGUCAUUCGGAGUCGAUGAGUCUAAGCAGGUUGCCAUGAAACUUGCAGUUAGAUCCGAAGACCCAAACAUCAGUGAGAGAAUUCAUGAAAUCGUUGCUGAAGCCUAAAUGCAAAUGUUACUGGUCUCCAAU